AACUGCGAAAGUUUGUUAAGUAACAGGGAUUUGAUUAAGAAUCCUAGAAAGGACCUGCAGAUCGAGGGUCUGCUUUCAAACCAAGAAUCCAGGUCACUCAAAUGCGAAAGCAGGAUCUAUUAUCCUUGAAAACGAGUUCCGGCAUCAGUCCAGAAUUCAAUAUAGCGUGUUCCCUCAAAGCUUUCUAUAUCCUCCAAACAAUCCUUUCUAAGUGUAACCUUAUCUUUAUCUUAUAUUGCAACAACGUGACAGAUAAGAAACGAUAAAAUUUUACCAAAGGGUCGCGAUUUCUUAUCUUCGGUAUAAAUAUAGUGUUACCCAUGCCCAACUAUAGCAAAUAUAACAUACAUUGAAAACAAUCGCGAAUCACUCAUGUUUUAAUAUAUCCUAUAGAGUUAAAUGAAGUUACCGUACGAUAUCAUUGUUAGUCAUUCUUUGCACGUGUUUAUCGAGAAGGAAUGAGAGAGCUCGACGAAAGCAAAAGAAAGAAUUAGUCAUAGUGUCUUGCCAAGCGAAUGUUGGCACCACUCGGGCCCAACAGCCGCCAAACCGGUCGAGUGGAGUCGUCGUAACUCCUAACUCGUAACGCUCAGAGACGCUUUCGGGUACAAGCUGACUAGGUAAACAAAAGAUGCUACGGAACAGCGUCGUCCACGUUCAGGUCUGCAGAGGGUGAGCCUCUUCCAGCGACAAUACGCGAGUGAAUUGAUUCGCGAGUUAAUUGAUCUCAUCUGUGGCUCUCGCGAUCGCUGGAGAAUCGACAAGAAAAAAUGUCACUCAGUUAUUUCCAAUGGUCUCGUUGCAACAUUCAAGUAUAUGUACGUUUACGAUUAUCGAAUAGGAAAGAAAUAGAAAAGAUUUAUCAUCCGUAUUAUCAAUUAUCGAUGUGUGAAAAUUAUCUCUUCUUUUUCCUUUUUUAACGAAGUCAUUUGUGAUAUGAUACAUAUAUAUAAUAUUCAAACUAGUCCAUAACGCGUUUUUCUGCGAUUAAUCGAUACAGUGUCGGCGAUCGAUGGCAACGAAAAUCACAAUGGAACACGUUCAAGAUGACAUCGAUCUGCAGGUCGAUCAAAAUCGAUCGAAAAACGCGGCAAAUUUAAUUGAAUGGAACGUUGACAUGAAAGUUACCGUGUCUAACGUGAAAAAGUCAAAGAUGUUCCAAAGAUUCCGCACCAUCGUUAUAUUUUUUGUAGCGAUUAUCUUCGCUAUUAUACUGUCUCAUUUAAGGAAGGAAGUGCGUGCCUUGCAAAUACAAGUGCAAUCUUUAAAUGUAAAUUUAUUGUUACUAACGUCCAAAUACGAUAGGAUAAAUCGAAGUGUAAAUCGAGCCUGGAUCCAAAGGUCCGAAAGGCUCCUGGAAAAUAAAAAGCUUCACGAUGUAAGAAUACUAUUACAAGGAGCAUCGUCGAUAUCUAAGGCCAGCGAAGUUAGUGAAGUUCGGAAUAGUAGAGUCGAUGGAAAGCCUUAUACUUACAAUGUUAUAAUUCCAUAUAUAAAUUCAAUAAAGAAUUCCAAAGACAUGUAUAUGUCACGUGAUAACGCGUAUGGUACAAAUAAUGGAAAUAAUAUUGCAACUUCCAAGCUAUUUAUGAAGUUAAAGAGUAACAAAGAUAACAUGAGUAAUAGUAAUUUACGUAUCGAAAGAGCGGCACUAACGCUACAACAACGGAACUUAACCGAAGAAGAAAUGCGUGAGAAGAUCGAUAAUAACGUGAAUGACGAUUACUAUAGUGAUGAUGAUGACUUAGAUUUCUGGAGAGAACCCCGUUCAGGAAGAUCAAGAAGAGCGGAGGGAAGAGGUAAAAAACGGGGAAAGAACAAAAGGCGGCCCAAACGCAGUCACAGGCGAUUGGGACCCUUGGUAGCAACGUUUGUGGGAGCAGUUCCUGAGCAACAUAUUACAGAUACAGUUUACAUCGGUCCAUGGGUCAAAAGCACUAAAAACAAUACUCAAUAUAAUUUAAAUAAAUUCCAUCUGGUAGAAGACAAGAAAUCUAUAGAAGUUACAGCAACUGGUUUGUACAUGAUUUCCGCACAGAUUUUCUAUUUUGGAGAACCAACAAACUAUUCAUAUUGGAUACUACUAAGUUCAGAAGGCAAAUCCACUACACAAAAACUUGUGAAAUGUUCCACAGCCUCUUCUACAUCGGCCACAGAAGUAUCCUGUUAUACAAGUGUAAUAACCCCAUUGCAAAGAGGCGACAGAGUUCACAUUCAGCAACAAGAGAGAGAUAGUAUUUAAAUAUUUUUUAGAUUAAUAAAUAUGCGGGAGGGACAUAGUUAUAUACAACUAGUACUUCUAUCUAAUAAUGUCUGUAAGAAACGUUUACGAUAACGAAGCGUGUAAUAAUUAAAAGAUGUGCCAUAAAUAACGCAAAAGAAAUCUAUUCUUUUAAAUGUGAUCCUACAUUUCGAUUUAAAGAGAAGUAAGAAAGUAAUACUCUUAAGUAAAUCAAACAAGGAUCAAGUUUACGAGUUGUUUCUUGUGCAACUGAUUCUUUCAUUUUAAGGAUACAUGUAAAAAAUUUUUUUUAUGUUACUCUUAUUUUUGUUACUUUUUUAAUAUAAUGUAAGUUUAAAUUUUAUACGAUAUUGAAUGUUAGAAAUACAUAAUGCAUAAGGACCAUACGUAUGCUGAUAUUAUACUUUUGUACACUCGUUUUACUUUUUAAGAAAUCGAAGAUAUGAUGUUGUUUUAAGAGUCACACCCUAUAACUACAAUUUUAUACCGGAAAAUUGCCUUAUUGUUAAAAAAAUAUCGUAAAGUUAGUAUGUAAUAUUGUUAAACAAUCAUUUUGAAAGAUUAAAAAAAUAAAGAAUCCAAUUGUAAUUUAUAACGUAUUUAUACAUUUUUUAUUAUAUUUUAUAAAUAAACAAUAUAUAUAUAAACAAUGUACUAGAAACGGCGAAACAUAUCGCAUGUAAUUAAAACAUCAAAUUGUUUAUGGCAUCUGCAUAAA